AAAUCCACAGAACACGUUCGACACCAGUGAGAGGUAGACAUACAGUAAUCAACGCAGUCAACAAAUGGAAAGUAAAAUAUUCAUCACCCUAUUGCUGGUGGGUUUGGCGGCCCAGUCGCUGGCUAAGCCCAAAGGAAAGUCGAGUAAAUUGCCUGAGUUUCUCAAGGUUUGCUAUCGCGACUCACCGGACUUGAAUACGUGUGCUCGUUCAUCCUUUGAAUCACUGGAGCCACGUCUAAUGAACGGCAUACCCGAACUAUAUAUACCACCUAUGGAACCACUGCGUGUGCCCGAGAUUAAAAUGGAUCAGGAUUCCGGCGCCAUCUAUUUGCAUUCGGUGUACAAAAAUGUUAAGAUAUCGGGCAUAUCGAAGCAUACGCUUCACAAUCUGACCAUCGUUCCUAGCCAGUUGAAAUUCGCGCUAGGGAUUACCUUCCCCAAAUUAAAGUUGGAAUCGCAAUAUAGCAUAAAGGGCAAGAUCAUGAUGAUGCCAAUGCUUGGAGAUGGAAACUGCAAGGUCGAGCUGUCGAAUAUUACCGUGGCCACGGAGAUGAUUGGCGAGGAGUAUAAGAAGGACGGCGCCACCCAUUUGAAGAUAAAAGAAAUAAAGGUCAAAUACGAACUUGCCGAUGUGCACAUGCAGCUGGACAAUCUCUUCAAUGGCGACAAGGCACUGGGAAAACGCAUGAACGAUUUUCUCAACGAGAACUGGCGAUCGCUGUCGGAAGAAGUGCGUCCACUGAUGAUCAAGGCAUUGGUGGAUAUUUUACGUGCAUCCGUUGACAAAUUGUUCGAUGCUUUUAGCUACGAUGAUCUGCUGCCCUCCAUGAAAAUGUGAACAGCUCAAUUGAUAUUUAAAUAAACUAUAGAUUUAAUCAUAGGUAGGUAAUAAAAUCAUAUAUAACUAAGAGCAGUAACAGAGCUGAAU